AUGUCGUUUUUGAUAACGAUUACUAUUGUGUUUAGUGUUGCAAUUUUUAUUAACAAUUCUGGAAUAUUUGUUGAAUCGCAAUCUGACUCCUACUGUUAUCGCUUAACUUGGUUGGGACCCAAGAUCCGGAACGAAAGUGCGUUCAAAAAUAAAUCAUGUGAGGACUUCAUAUAUGGGGCAAAUAACAUACCGUGCAGGCUACCACUGGUUGCCACAGAUGACGGCUCUUUACCAAAUUUAACUUGGCUGUGGGAUGAACAUAAACGAGAUGAUCCUGCUCAUGUCGCAUGCAACUUAGUUGGUGGAGAUGUUUGCGCAAAAUAUAUUUACAGUUUCAAUGGAGCCGUUGAAAACAUAACUUACAUGUGCACAAAAGCUUAUGAAGAGGAUGGUCAGGCGGUAACAAGUGGAUGCUUCACACAAUCUCACAGCGGGCGUGAUGUUUCGGUAUGCCUCUGCCAGACGGUAGCCGGAUCAGCCUAUCCUUGUAAUAAGGCUGAAACGAUAUUUCGAUCAUCAUUUAUAUUACUUAUAUUAUUACUUUCGAUAUCUUUAUAUGUAAUGUAA